AUGGCCGGCAGCGAUCGAGGCGUUGAGGCGGCAAUGGGAGUCGGUGAUCGAGGCGUUGAGGUGGACACGGCCGGCGGCGAUCGAGUUGUUGAGACGGCGACGGCGUUCAGCGAUCGAGGAAAGGCUCCGAUUCCACCAGAGUGUGGUAGAAAAUCCAUCGAACAAUCUUACUGUGCCAGCAAAUCAACGCAAGGUCACAGUUCUGUUGUAGAUCAGCUGGAAUCAGAUAGCCAUAUCAAUGAGUUGGGGGAUGAUGUGAUGCUGGAUGAUGCUUUGCGCAUGGAAGUUACAUCUGCUCUGAAGGAAUGUGGAGAAGAUGAUAGCGGCAAUGAAUUGGGAGUUAUCAAUGAAUUGGGAGUUGAUAAUGUGAUGGUGGAGGAGGAUGCCUUACACAAGGAAAUUUCAUCUGUGACGAAGAAUAAUGAUUUGGCUAUUUUUACUUUAGUUGGCAAGACUGCAAGAAGUGAGAAAGAAGCUUAUGAUUUGUAUAAUGAUCAUGCCCGAUUGAUUGGUUUUAGUGUGAGAGUGGGAAAACAGAAGUUUAGAGAUAAGACUGAUAAAGUUAGGAUGAAGAAAUUCUGUUGUAACCAUGAAGGAUACAAGAGAUCCGGUGGAAAUGGUGAUCAUCUGGUUGAUCACAAUCAUAAUCUUGUGCCGAAUGAAAUGAUUGGACUUCUUCGAUCUCAACGUGAAGUAGAUGAAAAUGAUAUGAAGAUAAUCAGAGACAUGACAAGGAGUGGCAUCCCUUUGGUUGAUGCAUAUAAAGUGUACACAGUUGAAGCAUUUCGGGAGGUUCAGCAGUUGCACAAAGAUGGGAUGUUGUGCAGCCAGGAGCAGUUAGAGGUCUCAAAUGAUGGCAAUAUUGUGACGUACAAUGUUUGGUGGUUUGGGAUAGAGUGCUUUAAGCAUGUGGUUGUACAUGACACUAGGUUACAGAGAUUGUCAUGCACGUGCAGGUACUACUCUGAGGCGGGCAUGCUUUGUUGCCACAUUCUUCGAAUCUGUCAUGUAACCUCUGUUGAUGAGUUUCCUAAAGAUUAUAUAUGUAUGAGAUGGACAAAAAGUUAUGGUGCUAGGUCAAGCAUUGCUAAUGAGGGAGAUGGAAAAGCUGCUGGGCCAUUGCUGUGGAAGGCACUAAUUAUGAGACGAUUUUCAGACUUGGUGUAUUCAAGUGAAUAUAGCAAAGAUGCAAAGAAAUGUUGUGACGAGCCGGUUGACAGGCUUAAAGAAGAACUCGGCAGUUUCAUUGGUUCAAAUAAUAAUGAUGAGUCUGUAGACAAUGAUGGUGUUAUAAAGAAUCCGGCUGUAAAGAGGAAGAAGUUUGGUCCCAGGAAUGAACGUCCUAAAAGCAUUGUUGAGAAGGCAUGUAACAAAGUCAGAGGCAGAAAAACACAUGCAAGAAUUGCUGCUGACCGAACAAGAGCUUCAGUUGCAUCAGACCUGCAUUAUCAAAGCAUGCCAUUUCCUUAUCCAAAGGGAGCUGCUCAAGAUUAUUCAGGCUCAGGAAGUUUUGCUGCUGUGAAUGCUUCCCAUCAAAGCAUGCCAUCUUUGAACGUAAAUUCUGGUGGAUUCUCAUUUGCUAAUCCAAGUGUAGCUGACCAGGAUUUUUCAUGGGCAGGGGCUUCCACUUCUGUGAAUGCUUCUGAUUAA